AUGGGAUAUCAAACCAACGAUGGACCAGCAACUGCGUCUGAAGAUUCAAAGGAGGAUCUGAACCAAGUCAUAAACUCGAUUCAGAAAACUUUGGGACUCCUUCAUCAGCUUCACCUUACUGUCUCUUCUUUCACUCCCGCUUCUCAGCUUCAUCUCCUCCAGCGCCUAAACUCUCUAGUGACGGAGCUGAAUAUCAUGGCGAAGUUGUCUGAGAAAUGCAACAUUCAAGUCCCCAUUUUCGAAAUCAUACAUCGAAAA